UCUUCUACAGACACUGUCUCCCGAGUCUGCGUGCCAAAGACGACAAUAGUGUCUUUAAGAACACACAUAUGAUGUUUUUCAGUCAGAGGGUUCAUCGUUCUACAACAUGUGAAGAAAUUGUCCCGCCUUCACACGGAGCGAAGGAAAUACUGACCCAAGUCAAGAACAAACAAUUCAUAGACCUUUUCCUGAAGGAACAGCGCAAGGUUGUGGUUAACCAAGGUAAAACUUUUCCCUCCUCACCGACAACAAGACAACUUUCCUCACUGGCUACCUCAUUAAAACCAACACAAGUGAAAACCAGUGACAGAGAAUUUACGCCAUCUGUGCUAGACGAUUCUUAUUCCAGUGACGGAAUAAGUUCAAAUUUGGGUCAGUCUGGAUCCACGUUUGUCGUAGAUGAUGGAGAAUCUGUGGUAGGUGACAAUGAACUUCAUCCCCUUGAUUUCGAAGUGGUUUCGACCUGUUCAUCAGCAGUAUCGCGUCACGCGUCACCUGGGAUACCAGUCAGUGAUUGGCCGAGCAACUGGGAAGAGGAGUGGUUAAGCAAGGAUCCUGAUGACGACAUCGUCCCCGAAAGUGACGACACAGUGGUGCAUGUGGGGCACAACAACUUGGGAUUUGUGAUGAAUAAUGAAAGGCAACAGAACAGUUCAGUCAUGAAGCGCAAUAUUUCUCUAAAAGAAACUGAACGGGUGAGAAAUCCUAAAACUAAUCGAGGAAAUUUUGUUAAAAGCUACUCAUGGAGACCCUCUAAAUAUCUUGCCAGUCUUUCAGAAGAUCACCGGAGAACUCGUCAUUCCGGGAAGCCACAGACUGCCUCUGUGGGAAAUGUAUAUAAAAAACCAUGGGACAUGAAAGAUAACCGGAACAAAUCCCGUAUCAGGCGCAAUACCUUAGAAUAUCUGUGUAGGGCGUUCUCUGUUGAUCUCAUUGAUUCAUUCACAUUAGAUUCUCUAUCGAAAAGUGAUCUGUUGGUACUCUGGAAAGCAUCUGAAAUUAAUCUUCGAAGACAGCUUAGUGAAAUGGCUCUGCAGAAAGAGUCACUUUUGAUGCUAGUAGACAAAGAGACUAAAGGAACAGAAGCUUCAGGAACUCCUAAUAUUCAUUCAUCAUCGGAAGAUACAGGGUAAACAUGGACGGAUCCGCGCGUCAGUGGUUACUUUGAAGUCCUCACUGGUUCACACUCUAAAUAUGUUUAACCGAUCUAUUGUUUUGCCAUGUAGCAUCUUGUAGUCGUUACUAAUUCCUUUAAUUUCACUUUGUUCUGCCAUCGAUGUCUUUCCUCCUUUAAUCCAA